GUGACGCUUUCGAGCUGGGAUUCCUGCAGCCAAAUGUUCUUCUGGCGUGAGUUUCGAAAGGUCACGUUUGACACGAAGUUUUCAAGGAGGCAAGUCGCGGAUCGAUGAUCUGUGAUUGACUUGUACGCCUGGAAAGAGGAGAGGAGAGCAGAAGUUUGGUGCUGGAUGACACUCGCGCACCCAGAGCUCCGGGAGACGUCAAAGGCUGCAGGUCAAACUUCUUUUUGUCCUCUCGCUUUGAUAGAUUCUAGAACCAUGCGCGCGUCGAGUGCUCGGGAACACGAGUGCGGACAAGUUCUGGUGCGGUUCUAGUGUUGGUGGGCUCUCGAGGAGCGGAGGUGGGGAGGGGGUGCGGGACGAUAAGGAUGACUUUAGGGACGGAUAUGUCCGACAGCUCUGCAUUGUCCGAUGAUGUGGACAUUGACGUGGUCGGGGUCGGAAAGGACGGAAAGUACACGCAGCACGACUUCAACCUGGACUCCGAUGAUAAUUACUCCCAGAACGCCGAGGAAGGGGCGUCCUCGCCCGGACUGAGCAGCUCCGAGUGCCCGGCGGAGCAGACGGGGCUCGGCGUCCGGGAGUCCGACGCCGUCACGGCGCAGAGCGACAAAGCGAGGAAGAGCGCCCUGGUGAAGCCCCCCUACUCCUACAUCGCCCUCAUCACCAUGGCCAUCCUGCAGAGCCCCAAGAAGCGCCUCACCCUCAGCGAGAUCUGCGAGUUCAUCAGCAACAGGUUCCCCUACUACCGCGAGAAGUUCCCCGCUUGGCAAAACUCCAUCCGGCACAACCUGUCCCUCAACGACUGCUUCGUGAAAAUCCCACGGGAGCCCGGCAACCCCGGCAAAGGCAACUACUGGACGCUGGACCCGGACUCGGCAGACAUGUUCGACAACGGGAGCUUCUUGCGCAGGAGGAAGCGCUUCAAGAGGAACCAGGCCAACGAGAUCCUGCGGGACGCCGGAGGCUUUCUUCCCGGGUUCGGAUACAACCCGUACGGAUACGGCUACGGUCUUCAGCUGCAGAACUUUCACGCCGCGCACAACCCGUACCACCCGCACCACCACCCCCACACGGGGGGCUCCUUCCCGUUCUCAAACGUACCGUGCACCUUGCCCUCGCCCAUCUUCCCCGCCGCCGCCCCUCCCUUGCCCGUGGGCGCCGAGCUGAGGAAGCCCUUCUACCCGUCCAUGGCGCCUCUCAAGACGGACUCGAGCGUCCCAAGUCGGCCCUCAUUCUCCAUCGACAACAUCAUCGGCGCGGCGGCCAACUCCACCGCGACGCAGUACGGCGCCCAGCCGGGUGGACAGGCGCACAUCCUGGCCAUGCUCAGCCCGGCCCUGGCGUCCGCUUCCAACCGCUUGAGCCUGUCGCAGGACUUAAUACAGCCCGGGACGCACGGGCAGACCUUUCCCAGCAAAAACUUGAACACUUGCCCUUUCUAAUAAUAAUAAAAAAAAAAAAAAAUGAGAAAGAGAAAAGAAAACAAACAAACAAAAACCAUUUAAAAAUUGCCCGGAACUUGCGUCAAAAAAAAAAAAAAAAAAAAAAAAAAAAACAAACAAACAAAAAAAGCAAAGUGUGGUUUUGUCCUAUGUGAAGGUAGGCUGAGUAUUAAAAAAUGUGUUUCGGCUCCAUAAGAGGGUUUAUUUAUGCUAUGUAAAUAGGUGCAUUUUAAUGAAACAGUGAUCCAUGAACGUGGCCUCCAUUUUGUCUUGUACGCCAAAUAACACCCUGUUCCGUUUAGUGUGUCACCAGGAACAGGGUGGGUGGGUUGGUGGUGGUGGGGGUUCACAUUUUUACAGAUCUUGCUUUUAAUGAUGACAGAGGUGGCACGUGACAAAGACAACUCAGGUUUUUAAACUUAGAAAAAAAGCACAUGCUGAAGUUCAAAAGAAAAAGAAGAAAAGCGUCGCUCCCAGAAUCUCUUGUACAUAGUGAUUAUUUUAAAAAAAAAAUAUUUGGUUGUUGGUUUAAAAAAAAGCACAUUACCUCCAUUCGAACUUGUUUCAUCGUUGUAUUUCACAUACAGUUUUAUGUCAUGUGUUGCCAAUUAUAGAAAAAGACAAGUGUUUAUAAUAGGUAAUUUUUUGGGUUGUAAUGAUGAAAAUAAAA